AUGCAGCAGCCGCGCAGCAACAGCACAUCCUCCCCCUCUUCUAUCCCCGGCGUCUCGAGCCCUCAGCCGCCAAUCCGCCUCAUUCUAAUCGACAUCUUCAACACCCUACUCCGCCCCAAUCCACCACCCGCGCAUCAAUACGCCAAGAUUGCCCGUCACGGACGUUUCAGUCUACCUGGCCAUCUCCUCAAGGACGAACCGGUCUCUCUCGCAUUCAAAGCGGCCAUGAAGAAGCAGCUCGCCCUUCACCCAAACUAUGGUCGUGACACGCUCCCCCCUUUGCCGGAUGGCGAAGCAGCCGCGGAUCGUUGGUGGCGCUUGGUGAUCAAAGAAACGAUCGUGGACGCCCUGUCUGUCUAUAGCGAGGGAAAGUGCAGUAAAAAGAGAGCAAAGGAGCUGUGGGCACCAGCCGAGCGCAGAGGGAUUUGUGAGGAGAUCCUCCUGAGAUUCGGGAAGGGGGGGCAAGCGUACGAAUUGCUCGAGGAUGUGGAGCCCUUUCUGCGCGGCCUGGCCGAGCGCAAUGCGAAGGCCAAGGGUGGGAGAGAAGUGCGCAUCGUGCUGGCGAGCAACUCAGAUGAGCGCAUAUUGGACGCUUGUGCUGCGCUUGGGUUGGGCGAAGGAGGGCAGGACGUCGAGGACAGAGGCAGGGAUAGGGACGGGGCCCUGCUCAGCUACGACCUGGGUCAUUGCAAGCCCUCAGCCUCCUUCUUUUCCGAAGCCCUUCGUCUAGCCGGAGGAGGUGAAGGAAAUGAGGCAGCAAUCAAGGGCGAAGAAGUAUUGUACGUGGGCGACGAUCUACAUGAGGACGCUGUCGCUGCGAGGGACAGUGGCACGGGCAUCACUGGGGUCUGGCUUGAUCGAGAAGAAAAGGGCAGGGGCGACGGGAAGAUGGAAGGGGUAAAGAGGGUGGUGAGCUUGAGCGAGGUGUUGGACCUGGUUGAUGAGAGGCAGCGGUCGAGCUGA